AUGGCGGUACGAUCCUGUGCCAGGCCCGCACAUCAGCUGGCAGCGUCUAUCCUCAGCAAUGGCGUCGGUCCAUCACGCUUACCGGCAUCCUUGACCUGCCGAUGCCAUUCGCAUCCGACCCUUUCAAACGUCGCUUCUCCAACGCGGCACUUCAGCGUGGCAAGGACAGUACGCGAGCAGGAGGCAUUGAGGCUCGGCAAGGGAGACCAACAACCACAAAACAGCAACUCGAAUUCUUCGAAAGCGGCCGAGAAAAGCGUCCUGCUCGAGGAAGUAAUUGACGCAGAACCAACGCUCGAGUAUCUCGACUCGCUCAAACCCAGAGCAAUUCGAUAUCAGAUGGAGCCACAACAUUCGAGAAGAGACAACAGCAACCCUUUCUCCAAAGCCUCCAAAAGCAAUCCCGAGGAUAAGCGGUGGGAGAAAAUGAAAGCACGCAUCAACGCCUCGUUCACACGAGACCAACUUCUAUCUUUAGCAAGGGCAGCCAAGCUUCCAGGCAGCUACAGCACCAAAGUGCGCAAAGAUGAUCUCGUGCGACGCAUCAUGAUACACCGCUUUGGAAUGGAGGAUGCCCGAGAACGGGCGGAUCGAGAGAAGCGCGAGGAGCUGCAAAAGCAAUCGGUCCACAUCUCUUUUCGACCUGCUGAGCUCUACCUGCUACUUGCACGAGGAUCUGCAAAGGUGAGACAAGAGGCGAGCAAAGCACCAGUAGCUAUUCUUCCUCGAGCACCGAAGAAAGAGGCUGAGCAAGCAGGCAAUGCUAGUGAACAGCUCGGGUUUUGGAUCAGAGGCAAGGAGGAAGGCAUAGAACGCAUGAAGAAUUGGGUGCAGAGCUUCAAGCAGUCCAUUAAGACCAAGGAGGAGCAAGUGACCCUGCUGUCUGGCGAUGCUCAGGCUGCUUCAGGUGAAGCUUUGCCGCAGGAGCUGGUGCGCUUCCUCUCUCAGCUUUCCAGAUGCUUCAUUGAGGCGAGCCCCAUUCAGGACGGCAAGGUCAAGCUUUCUCUAGCAUAUCUGGACGAGCGGACUGCUCAGAAGGCAGUGCUUCUUCUUCGACAGUACCAUGCUGAGAAUGCUGACGCAAUGCAACGGCUUGGAGCAGCAGCCAUCAUCGAAGGCCUCGAUACAACAAAGCAGUACGCAAUGCUUCCAUUCGUACACAACGAACCGACAUCAUGGAUCAAGCAGGCAGACGACCUUCUUUACGGCUCGCAAUCUGACCUUUCCUUCCGUGUCACCCAUGUACCGGUCUUGAAUUCCUUCUCGAUUCUCACGGCCCAGCUCUCGGCUAUGAAGUUGCAAGGAUGGGGUAACCAGGGUGAAAUGCAACUGGAGGAACCGUUCAAGGCUCUGCUCGAUAACACCAGUGACACCAGCACUGUUGAAGCUCAGACAGCCGAGGAAGUGGAAUGCAGCGCAAAGCUCGGCUACGUACUGUUCAACGGUGGCGGACUCACUCUCGUUGAUGAGGGCUUAAGCGAAGAAGAGGCGCUGUCCCGCUUGCAAGAUCCACUCGCAGCACCACGUCCGGGCAUCUGGCCGAUCCAACCAACUCUCGACUGGUCUCGCAACUUCCGCACACGCUUCGGCCGCGAAGCUUCUCGCUUUGUUCCCGCAACCCUCUUCCGACCGCAAAAGAACAUUUCGCUGGACAUCUGGCUUGAUGGGCAAAACUAUACUCUUGUCGGCAAAGGCACACCCGAGGUCUCAUCAGAAAAGAUGGUCCUGGUUUAUCAUCCUGCCGAUGUGGGUUACUCGGCAUCAGCAAGGAAGCUGGAAGUCGUGCUUGCACGACAACAGAACAAAGCUGAUGCCGCAGAGGGCGCACAAGGUGGUUGGAGCAUCGAACGUGCCAGUUGGGUUUCGAAGGCCGAGAGCGACGUGAUGAUUCCAGAGAAGUCAGCGGAUUUCAGGCUCACUGCAAAGUCGUUGGUGUCUCUGGAAGCGGAUGCUCACGCUGCAGUGGAGGAAAGUGUCGCUUCUUUCCUUUAUGCGCGACCUACGGAAAAGGUUGAGAGGUAUUUAAUGUUGCGGGAAGCUGAAACGGAAACAGAGAUCGAAGAAACUGAAGGUGAAUCUGAGGUGAAGGACCUGCUUGGCUCAGGGAUAGAGAUUGUGGAUCAAGAUACUGCUUCAACGGCUGACCAGACCAAAGGUUCCAACUCAUUGCCUCCAUCAACGCUCAACUUGCCGUCAGGCGGUGUUUUGGCACUCGAGAGCGCAACAAGGAUGACGUUGCAGACCUAUCAGCAGCGAUCAUCACUGCCCGAAGCUGCUCCGCAGGCAACGACCCCAAUCGCGACUCCUGAGGCGGCCUCUCGCUCUGAAACCGAGUCUUGGUCAGUGCCAGCAGAGUCUAGCGCCGACUCCGCCGUCACACCAGCAGCUGACGCCGUGGCUGAAGCCACCUCGGACGCUGUGCCCACGCCUACAUCCCAAGUCGAAGCCGAAGCUGCACCCAUCACCACAGCUAAAGUCACAGCGGCUGCUGAGUCGAGCUCGCCAGAACCGGCUUCUAGCGCACAGACACAGCAAGCCCUCUGCUCAACUCGCUCACCUCUACUCGUGCGCGAAAUCUCACAAGACCUCAUCACCGAAUCCACCACGGAAUCCCUUCGCAUCGUCUGGCACUCAAUCCCAACGUGGAAAGACGCAGUGCAACGCCUCUCGGCCAUCGUGGAUAGACAUGACAUUUCCAUUCGCUAG